UCUCACAAGUACAUACCGACUGAUCCAUGACUGAGUGGAUGUGAUAUCUCUUCUUUUACGCAUUGUGCUUAUCGGUGCCUCUACGCUUUUGGAUCUGUCGUCAUUUUUGAGUGUGACGUUCCCUUUUCGGACAAUCUUUGGAUAACGCAAGGAAAAGGGAGAUAUAUCAAGCUUUAGUGAAGAAAAGCAAAUAGAGAUGUCGAGCACAUUGCAGGAUGAUCUCUCGGUCGGUGACGUCUUCAGCCCUCAAGCUGACAUGUCGCAACCCCGCGAUGAGGUCAGCUUGAACAGCAACCAAACCGUCAGCUUCCGAAUGAGUGAUGCUAGCCCUGACCGCAAACAAGGGCUUUCCGAGAAGGGUGCCCGUGGAGGCAAUCCUUUCCCAGCGCCGAAACUGAAUGCAAAUCCGCUCCCCGGAAAGGUAGACCGACGAAAGAAAAAAAGGCAACAAGCCGCCCCAGCAAUCUCCACCGUUCGUGGUUUUACCCCCUUGGGUUCUGGCGAUGAGGAUUCGGACUUUUCGGCCUCUGGUUCUCGCGCACUGCGCUCUUCAGCGCGACCGGGUAAUAGCCCAAUGUCCCAGCCAGCUUCAGGCCAUGGUGUUAGCGCUCUAAAACUUCAGCUCGAUUCGCUGAACUUGUCGGGAGACCGCUCUCUCCAAGGCGUGCCAAGUGAUAUUGGCUCCGAGGCACAAAGCAACGCUAGUGUUUGCUCGGACAGUGACCAAACGGAGGUUCUGACCAGCUAUGAGGUGCCUCUGGAACACGACUAUGUCAGCGCUGAUGCAGUAGCAGAGGAAAAGUCUUACAAUACGUCAAGUGUUAAGGAUAUGCGCACCCAGCUUUGCCGGAAGAUGACCACAGAUGACUUUGAGCCCCUCCUCUGUCUGGGCAAAGGCUCUUUUGGGACCGUCCUGUUGGUGCGUCAUGCUCUCACAGGCAAGCUUUAUGCUCAGAAACAGUUCCAGAAGGCCUCAAUCACCGUUCAUAAAAAGCUAGUGGAGCAGACCAAGACAGAACGUAUGAUCUUGGAGAGCGUCAACCGCCAUCCGUUUGUUGUCAAGCUUUUCUACGCUUUUCAGGACCAUGAGAAGCUUUACCUCAUCCUGGAAUACGCCCAAGGUGGCGAGCUAUUCACGCAUUUAGCCAUGGAGCGUAUGUUCGAUGAAGAUGUGGCGGCCUUUUACAUGGCGGAAAUGGUCCUCGCGCUCGAGCAUCUGCAUCAGAACGUCGGUGUGAUUUACCGUGACUUGAAACCUGAAAAUUGCCUUUUGGACCACGAAGGCCACCUUUUGCUGACAGAUUUCGGUCUCAGCAAGAUAUCUGCCCAUGAUGAUGACCGCUGCAACUCUUCGCUGGGCACCAUUGAAUAUAUGGCCCCAGAGGUCAUUCAGGGCAAACCAUACGGCAAAGCUUGUGACUGGUGGUCCCUUGGGGCAUUGGCGUACGAUCUUCUUACAGGAUCACCCCCGUUCAAAGCCAAUAACAACGCCAAGCUGCAGGAGAAAAUCCUGAAGCAGAAGCUAACCCUGCCCUACUUCCUUGGCCCGGACGCCAAAGACCUGUUGACCCGUCUCCUUCGCAAGGAGCCAUCCAAGCGUCUUGGAUACCAUAUGCCCAAAGACCUCCAGACGAUCAAGAACCACCGGUUCUUCCGCAAGAUCGACUGGAAAGCUCUUGGGCGCCGUGCAGUUACUCCUCCGAUUGUCCCUGUUGUCACGGACCCUGCACUCGCUGAGAACUUCUCCGACGAUUUUACUCAUCUGCCGCUGAGCCCGCUCGUUGCUUCUGCCGGCUUCGAUGAUCACUAUGCCGCCCAUCAGCGCGGCAGCCAGCGUCCUAUGUCAUCUGGCUACGACGUCAUGGGAGAAGAGAGCAACCCCUUCGGAGGAUUCAGUUUCGUCGCUUCCAGCAGCUUGCUUGAUCACGGACUGGGCAUCGCGACUAAAGGGUUUUGACUCGCACUGCGCGUCCCUGGCCUGCGGGACGAAAACACAGACUAUGGCAACGGGUAUCUUUCGUUUGGCUGCCUAUUUCCACGUGACAGCACAGGUAAAUCUAGCUUCAAUGGCAUCCAUGUUGGCUUCCGUACACAUAUCCUUACGUCCCCUGCGUAGUUUUUCCAUCUAUAACGUAUGCGUGUCGGAUAGAAUUGCGCCAAAUUUUGCUACAGAUCAACAACCACCCAGAGCUACAACGAUGUAUUUUACUAACACCAGCCAACCAAAGCAGUGCCAACAGAAGUAGUCAGUAAUAUUGA